UAAUUUGCUAGCAGUAAGCGUCCGAUAAUGUGUUGUUUUUCCGUAGAUGCUUUGGGGAUCGGUCUGGCAAAUACGCACACGGAAAGCAUCAGGAAAUGGGCGUAUUUUCUCGUGGUAUGCUGGCAUAAAUCGGUGCAGAAAUUUGCUAGCAGUAAGUGACCGAUAAUGUGUUGUUUUUUCGUACAUGCGUUGGGGAUCGGUCUUGCAAAUACGCACACGGAAAGCAUUAGGAAAUGGGCGUAUUUUCUCGUGGUAUGCUGGUAUGAAUCGGUGCAGAAAUUUGCUAGCAGUAAGCGACCGAUAAUGUGUUGUUUUUCCGUAGAUGCGUUGGGGAUCGGUCUUGCAAAUACGCACAUGGAAGGCAUUAGGAAAUGGGCGUAUUUUCUCGUGGUAUGCUGGUAUGGAUCGGUGCAGAAAUUUGCUAGCAGUAAGCGUCCGAUAAUGUGUUGUUUUUCCAUAGAUGCGUUGGGGAUCGGUCUGGCAAAUACACACACGGAAAGCAUUAGGAAAUGGGCGUAGUUUUUCGAGGUAUGCUGGCAUAAAUCGGUGCAGAAAUUUGCUAGCAGUAAGCGACCGAUAAUGUGUUGUUUUUCCGUAGAUGCGUUGGGGAUCGGUCAGGCAAAUACGCACACGGGAAGCAUUAGGAAAUGGGCGUAUUUUCUCGUGGUAUGCUGGCAUAAAUCGGUGCAGGAAUUUGCUAGCAGUAAGCGACCGAUAAUGUGUUGUUUUUCCGUAGAUGCGUUAGGGAUCGGUCAGGCAAAUGCGCACACGGGAAGCAUUAUUAAAUGGGCGUAUUUUCUCGUGGUAUGCUGGUAUGAAUCGGUGCAGAAAUUUGCUAGCAGUAAGCGACCGAUAAUGUGUUGUUUUUCCGUAGAUGCGUUGGGGAUCGGUCUUGCAAAUACGCACACGGAAAGCAUUAGGAAAUGGGCGUAUUUUCUCGUGGUAUGCUGGUAUGAAUCGGUGCAGAAAUUUGCUAGCAGUAAGCGACCGAUAAUGUGUUGUUUUUUCGUACAUGCGUUGGGGAUCGGUCUUACAAAUACGCACACGGAAAGCAUUAGGAAAUGGGCGUAUUUUCUCGUGGUAUGCUGGUAUGAAUCGGUGCAGAAAUUUGCUAGCAGUAAGCGACCGAUAAUGUGUUGUUUUUCCGUAGAUGCGUUGGGGAUCGGUCUUGCAAAUACGCACAUGGAAGGCAUUAGGAAAUGGGCGUAUUUUCUCGUGGUAUGCUGGCAUAAAUCGGUGCAGGAAUUUGCUAGCAGUAAGCGUCCGAUAAUGUGUUGUUUUUCCGUAGAUGCGUUGGGGAUCGGUCUGGCAAAUACGCACACGGAAAGCAUUAGGAAAUGGGCGUAUUUUUUCGAGGUAUGCUUGCAUAAAUCGGUGCAGGAAUUUGCUAGCAGUAAGCGACCGAUAAUGUGUUGUUUUUCCGUAGAUGCGUUGGGGAUCGGUCUGGCAAAUAUUUACACGGGAAGCAUUAGGAAAUGGGCGUAUUUUCUCGUGGUAUGCUGGCAUAAAUCGGUGCAGGAAUUUGCUAGCAGUAAGCGACCGAUAAUGUGUUGUUUUUUCGUACAUGCUUUGGCGAUCGGUCUUGCAAAUACGCACACGGAAAGCAUUAGGAAAUGGGCGUAUUUUCUCGUGGUAUGCUGGUAUGAAUCGGUGCAGAAAUUUGCUAGCAGUAAGCGACCGAUAAUGUGUUGUUUUUCGUACAUGCGUUGGGGAUCGGUCAGGCAAAUACUUACACGGAAAGCAUUAGGAAAUGGGCGUAUUUUCUCGUGGUAUGCUGGCAUAAGUCGGUGCAGGAAUUUGCUAGCAGUAAGCGACCGAUAAUGUGUUGUUUUUUCGUAGAUGCGUUGGGGAUCGGUCUUGCAAAUACGCACACGGAAAGCAUUAAGAAAUGGGCGUAUUUUCUCGUGGUAUGCUGGAUCGGUGCAGAAAUUUGUUAGCAGUAAGCGACCGAUAAUGUGUUGUUUUUCCGUAGAUGCUUUGGGGAUCGGUCUUGCAAAUACGCACACGGAAAGCAUUAGGAAAUGGGCGUAUUUUCUCGUGGUAUGCUGGCAUAAAUCGGUGCAGGAAUUUGCUAGCAGUAAGCGUCCGAUAAUGUGUUGUUUUUUCGUACAUGCGUUGGGGAUCGGUCUUGCAAAUACGCACACGGAAAGCAUUAAGAAAUGGGCGUAUUUUCUCGUGGUAUGCUGGUAUGGAUCGGUGCAGAAAUUUGCUAGCAGUAAGCGUCCGAUAAUGUGUUGUUUUUCCGUAGAUGCGUUGGGGAUCGGUCUUGCAAAUACGCACACGGAAAGCAUUAGACAAUGGGCGUAUUUUCUCGUGGUAUGCUGGCAUGAACCGGUGCAGGAAUUUGCUAGCAGUAAGCAACCGAUAAUGUGUUGUUUUUCCGGAGAUGCGUUGGGGAUCGGUCAGGCAAAUACUUACACGGGAAGCAUUAGGCAAUGGGCGUAUUUUCUCGUGGUAUGCUGGCAUAAAUCGGUGCAGGAAUUUGCUAGCAGUAAGCGACCGAUAAUGUGUUGUUUUUUCUUACAUGCGUUGGGGAUCGGUCUUGCAAAUACGCACACGGAAAGCAUUAAGAAAUGGGCGUAUUUUCUCGUGGUAUGCUGGAUCGGUGCAGAAAUUUGUUAGCAGUAAGCGACCGAUAAUGUGUUGUUUUUCCGUAGAUGCUUUGGGGAUCGGUCUUGCAAAUACGCACACGGAAAGCAUUAGGAAAUAAGCGUAUUUUCUCGUGGUAUGCUGGUAUGGAUCGGUGCAGAAAUUUGCUAGCAGUAAGCGUCCGAUAAUGUGUUGUUUUUUCGUAGAUGCUUUGGGGAUCGGUCUUGCAAAUACGCACAUGGAAAGCAUUAAGAAAUGGGCGUAUUUUCUCGUGGUAUGCUGGUAUGGAUCGGUGCAGAAAUUUGCUAGCAGUAAGCGUCCGAUAAUGUGUUGUUUUUCCGUAGAUGCUUUGGGGAUCGGUCUUGCAAAUACGCACACGGAAAGCAUUAGAAAAUGGGCGUAUUUUCUCGUGGUAUGCUGGUAUGGAUCGGUGCAGAAAUUUGCUAGCAGUA